CACGAAUUUUAUUAAAAAGAAAAAAAGAUAAAUUCAUUAGACUAUAAAUUGACUUAAAUAAAGCAAAUUGCAAGCUAGACUAUUGAAAAACUCGUCUUUUUAUUUCCUCCCAUUCCACACAAAAGCUUCACUCAUUCACACAAAUCCUACUCUAAAAAAACUCAUCAAACACCAAAAAUCUAAAUUCCGCCAUGUCAACGAACGACGACGGCGAUGAUUUCUUCAACCGCACAAACAACAGCGAUCUCAACAGCAAGAUCAUGCUCACCGCCAUCGUCUCCCUCUCUUUCGUGGUCCUCCUCGUCACCAUCCUCCACAUCUACGCCCGCUGCGUCCUCCGCCGUCAGGCCCGCCGCCAGGCCUCCCUCCGCCGCCUCGGCUUCAUCGCCACCUCCGCUAGCAUCCGCGCCCUCGAACCCCCUAACACCGGCGUCGACCCCUCCGUCAUCGCCGCCCUCCCCAAAUUCCUCUUCAAAUCGACCGCCGCCGCCGUGGAGUGCCCCGUCUGCAUCAGCGCGCUCGAAGACGGCGAAAUCGCGAGGGUUUUGCCAAAUUGCAAGCACACCUUUCAUGCAGACUGCGUCGAUCGAUGGCUCGGAUCCAACUCCACGUGCCCGGUGUGCCGGAGGGAGGCGGAGCCGCGGCUCGUGGCGGAGCCGAGGGAGGGAUUGGCGGCGCCGCCGUCUGCUCCGCCGGCGGAGGGGACAUCGGAGCAGGCGUCGGCGAAGAUCGGCGGGUCGAGCUCGAGAUUGAGCUCGUUCCGGCGGAUUCUGAGUAGAGAGAGAUCUUCUAGAAGAAUCCAGAUUCAAUCGUGCGGGCAGGAAGAUGGGCUGCCCGAUCUCGAGAGGCAGUGAAUGUAACGUACAACGGUACAAGCUUUCUGACUUCUCAGCCUUACCAUGUGCUUCUCCGGUUUGUACCUAUCAAUUCCGGUUUUUGUGAUCACGCAUUCUACUAUGCAUAUACAGAAUCGAAUCUAAAAUAUUUAUUGGUUGAAACGAAGAUGGAUUGAAUUUUGCAGGAUGCAGAAUUUGGAGGAGAAAUGAGAUUUUUUGUUAAUAUUUUAUUAUUUUUGUUUUAUGUAUUUUUUUUUUAUAAAUUUUAUGUAUUUAUAACGUUGUGUUACUUGUGUAUAAUAUUCAUCUCUUGAAGUUCA